AUGAAAUUAAAGUUAAAAAAGAUAAUAGAAUUAGAGUCAAAAAAGCUGAAUGAAUUGGUGUUAAAAAGGUUAAAAAGAUUGGAGUUAGAAAAAACAAAUAAAAAAAUUAAAGUUAAAAAGAAAACUAAUAACCUAUUUGAACCAAAGAAAAAGCUUUCUAGAAGUAAAGCCAAAAAGACAAAUAUAAUCACU